AUGUUACUCAAACGAAAGAAAAAGCUGAAUUUUUUAACUAGACCAGAGGUAUGGCCACUUGUCCAAUUUAUUUGGCAUAUUAUAGAUUUGGACAUCUAUGAUAUUUGUCGAAUAUUUACUGAUGUAUAUUCUGAACAAUUUGUUGAAUUUCUUCAUGGUUGUAAUCAUUUAAUACGAUAUAGACAACAUGUGGUAGAUAUGAUGUGUGGUAGGGCUUUUGGUUUCAUUUUUGUUUUUGGAGAUGAAGCCCGUUUUCUACCUUUCUUUAAUGUAAUAAAACAACCAAAUGUUAUGACAAAGUUAUUAUCGAUACCUAACUUACACUUUCAAAAUUUGAGUAUUAUCAAUACUGAUUCAAGCUCAAGGUUACUAGACAUAAUGGUUUGUAAGAAUUUUGAACAAUUGAGAGACUCGUUUGACGAAAUUAGAUUGGAUUUCAUUGAUUCUGAAUCAGAUGGAACUAGCCUCGCACUUCGGUUGUCUAAUUUAGUUAAAUUGGGAUAUAAUUCUACGAAUUUGGUUGCACCAUUGAUUGAAACAUCAGCUCCAAAGGUUGACAAAUUAAUAACUAUUCCUAGAAAUAUAAAAGAGUUAAGUGCGAUAGACACCAUUGGGACGUUUUCUUAUUCAACUGCUCAAUUUCAGAAUCUAACAGUUUUGCAUUUUGAGAGGUUCGGAAUUAAAGAAUGGCAUUUUUAUCUUAUGUUACGGUAUGCUACUCAAUUAACUACUUUAAAAGCGUUGAAUAUACAUUUAAAACAUCUUAAAGUUGGACUGCUUCCAAGAAAAUUGGUUCAUCUUAAUGUAUCAGAUAAUCCACUUCUGCUGAUUGCAGUUGUUAAAAAAUAUGAUUGGCCACAAUCCUUAAGGGACAUUUCUAUAGAAAAUUGCGGAUUGACAAAUACAAUGUAUUUUGAAUUGUUUAAUUUCGAUUUACCUCCGAAUUUAGUCACGUUGGAUUUAAACUCAAAUAUGUUCAUAGAUUACUCAAUGAUGGGGAAGUUACCUCCAAAAUUAGAAUCUCUAAAACUUGGAUAUAGGCCUAUGGAAGAAAAUUUACAGUUUGGAGAACGGAACGAGGAUCACAAAAUAUUUGAAUAUUUUUUACCAAAUUUGAAAAUAUUUUACGUCAAAAAUUACCGAUUUAGAAAAUAUGAAGCGAUUGAAUUUCCUGAUUCAAUUACAGAAAUUGGAAUUCAAUAUAGUUAUAUUUUUGGAGGGCAGUUAUUUGAAAAAUUUCCUAACAAUAUCGUGUCUCUUAAUUUUGAAGGUUGUAAUAUUUCUGCCAUAUAUUUGGAUAAUCUAUCAACAUUACAAUCACUUGAUCUUUCUCAUAAUCUGAUUGAAUCUUUGCAAGAUAUAAAGCUACCAAUAAAUUUGAAAUAUUUGCAAAUCAGCAAUAAUAAUAUUGUGAAGUUAUCGGUCGCAGAUCAAAUAUUUAACCCUAAGUCUUGUUUACAGUUUAAGAAAUUAAAGAUGAUUGAUUUAAGGAAUAAUUUUAUAAGUUCAAUUAAUAAAAAGAUAGGAUUACCUCCAAACUUAAAAGAUUUCUUAUUAUCAAAUAAUAAGUUAUUUGCUAUAGUGAUUCCUCGUAGUAUGUCUAAUCAUCAACAAUUAACUAGGUUGGAUCUAUCUGAAAAUCGAUUAAUAACCAUCAGAUUCAAAAAUAACAGGAAAAAGGGAAACGCUGUUAAUUUGAAGAUAUUAGAUCUAUCAUUUAACUGGUUGAAUAGACGAUCUUUUCCAUUAAAAUAUAAGAUCAACAUCCAUAAGCGAAUUGCAAAGGGAUUUGGAAAGGAAUCAAUACGUAAAGCAGGAAAUGUUAAUUCGGUGCAUUGCUUCAAUUAA